AUGGCUACUGUUUUUAUCCGGGGAAGAGCUCCCAGGAACGACGGGAAUCAAGACAGCAAGUCGGACCCGGAUACAUCAACCACGUCUAUCAACACAGUUCCAGCUCUCGGGGAAGCAUUUCAAGCGAAGCGGUUCUGGUUUCAAAGGAGCAGAGCCGUGUUCGAUGACCCAGAAACGGCAAAGCAAUAUCAACCACCCCCUAAAUGGGAGAAUACCCACCGCUUUGAUCCGCUCGAGCGGUGGACCUGGCGCGAGGAGUAUCAACUGCUGCGCAAGAUUGAUCUGCGAAUCAUGGUAUGGGCUUGUAUCAUGUUCAUGGCCCUCGAGCUGGACAGAGCAAAUCUGGGACAGGCGUUGACGGAUGAUUUCCUUCCGGACCUCGGAUUGACCACUAAUGACUACAAUCUCGGCAACACUGUAUUUCGCCUCUCCUUUCUCUGCGCCGAGCUCCCGUCCCAGCUGGUAUCCAAGUGGGUGGGGCCUGACCGCUGGAUCCCGGCGCAGAUGACGCUCUGGAGCCUUGUUGCGAGUUUUCAGUUCUUCCUGUCGGGUCGCACGUCGUUUCUUGUCUGCCGCUGCUUGCUGGGGAUCUUACAGGGAGGUUUUAUUCCAGAUGUGAUUUUGUACCUCUCGUACUUCUACAAGCACCACGAGCUUACUAUACGGCUGGCCUUCUUUUGGACGGCUAUGAGCAUCGCUGACAUCUUAUCGUCUCUGCUUGCGUAUGGCAUCUUGCAUAUGCGAGGCGUCCAAGGUCACUCUGGCUGGAGGUGGUUGUUCCUGCUAGAGGCUCCUGUGGCAAAGUCUCAAGGACUACGAUCUUUGAUACCAAUGAUACCGCCGAAUCAGUAUCUGACCCUGACCCUUCGGGGUUUGGGCUUCGACACCUUCCAGACCAACUUGCUGACGAUGCCCCUCACUGUCGGUCACAUAAUAACCAUGCUCGGAGUAGCUUACCUCGCCGAAGUCUCGGGCCAGCUGACGUUGGUGGCUGGCUUGGGACAGAUAUGGGUUCUCCCAUUCCUGAUCUACCUCAACUCCGUCAACCUGGCAAACGUAAACAGAUGGGUAAUCUACGCGGUAACUACCUUGUUACUAAGCUACCCCAAUGGGACCGACUGCGGUCUAGACGACGCACCUUACUACAAGCGCGGAAACCGGCAACUCCUCGGGAUACUCUGUAUGAACAUUGUGCUGUACGGUCUAGUGAAGACGUACUACGUGCUCCGAAACAAGCAGAAAGACGGAAAAUGGAACGCAAUGACGCCCGAAGAGAAGCUGGACUACCUGGCCACUACUACCGAUGAGGGUAACAAAAGGUUGGAUUUUAGAUUCCAGCACUAG